CUUUUCCAACAGCGAAGUAUUCGUGCCCAAGUGGUCACAACUUUUGAACUUCCGGGAUGCCAUGAUAUGUGGACAGUAGUUGCUUCAAGAGAUGAGGUAAACACAAAGGAUCAGACUGGUGAUGGGGAAAAGAUAGAGAAGGAAUCCAAAGAGGUUGCACCAGAGGAAGAUGUCAAAAAGCAUGGUUUCUUGAUUUUAAGUCGAGAAGAUUCAACAAUGAUCCUGCAGACUGGUCAGGAAAUCAUGGAGCUGGAUGCCAGUGGCUUUGCUACACAGGGACCAACUAUUUUUGCUGGAAACAUUGGAGACAAUAAGUACAUUGUGCAAGUUUCACCUUUAGGAAUUCGUCUAUUGGAAGGCGUGAACCAGCUGCAUUUCAUUCCUGUGGAUCUGGGCUCUCCAAUUAUGCACUGUGCAGUGUGCGAUCCUUAUGUAGUGAUAAUGAGUGGCGAAGGGCAGGUGACGAUGUUUGUAUUGAAGCGUGACACAUAUGGAGGAAACACCCACAGACUGACCAUGCAGAAGCCACAAAUACACAUGUUGUCAAAGGUGAUUGCUCUCUGUGCAUACCGAGAUAUCAGUGGAAUGUUUACCACAGAGAGCCGAGCCUCUGUCGUGAAGGAGGACACUAUGAAAGGGAGCCAGUCAGAAAUGGAAACCAUGAUUACUAACAUGAGUACCACAGUGGACGAUGAAGAGGAGAUGCUGUAUGGAGAGUCUGGCUCAGCACUCUUCAGCCCUCCUAAAGAGGAACCAAGCCGCAGCUCUGUGCCAAUGGCUGAAAAAGAGCCCUCUCACCUUAAAGUAGAACCUACCAACUGGUGCAUGCUGGUGAGGGAGAAUGGCGUCAUGGAGAUAUACCAGCUGCCCGACUGGCGUUUGGUCUUCCUGGUGAAGAAUUUCCCUGUGGGUCAGCGCGUCUUGGUGGAUAGCUCUUCUGGUCAACACAUGACCCAGGGAGAGAUAAAGAAGGAGGAAUUUGCCCGCCUGACGGAGAUGCCGGCUGUAAGAGAGGUCUUGCUGGUUGGGCUCGGAAAUCGGCAAACGAGGCCUUUCCUUCUGUAUGCCACUAUUUCUGGUCUAUUCCCUUACCCUAGGCAAAUGCAGUACCUCAUUAUUCUGUAUGUGACUUCAUCGAAAUCUGGAGAAUAA